AUGGAGGUCUCCGCGCAACCCGGCCCAAGCACCUCGGCCACGGAGCAGCCCCCCGUGCUGAAGCUUGUCAACCGCACCUGGAAGAUUCUCCCGGACAAAGGGGACGACGUGUUUAUACGAGACCCCAAGCUGAAGGAGGGACAAAUAGGCGACCUGAGUAAGAAGAGUAUUGCACAACUUGAAGAAAUCAUUGAGCGACAGGACCGCAUUCUGAAUAACAAAUUCUUGUCCUCAAAGCUGAAAGAUAAAGGAGAAAAAUUAAAGGAGUGUCGAGAAAUUGUUGCCGAAGCUCUUCAGAAGGCACGGGAGCAAAGGAAAAGUGAAUCCAGAAAAGAUAUUCCAACAGAUGUUAAUGCACUGGAAUGGAAGAGUAGAAGAAAGAAUGAGAACAAAAAAGAGGAGUUAGACAGCGAUGAUGAUGAGGAUGAAUGUGAAGACAAGAUAGACCCACUGAAACUCAUGGCCUACCACUCCUCUUGUGUCAAGAAGCCUGCACGCACUCAGAAUGGGACAAUAGAGGAAGAUGAAGACCCAACAGACGCCAUCGCCCGAGAGCUGAGGCAGCUGGAGCUCCAGGAUGCCGAGCAGGAGCCUCAGUCGUGUGACUUUGGGGACAAAAGGAAUCAAAUAUUUGAAGAAAUGAGGAAACGAAAUGGUCCUGUGAAAGACUCCUUCAAGCCCUUCAGGCCCAUCGACAACCCCCAGCCCAUCCCUGGUUUGGUGCACCACACAGCUCGCCCAAGCACUGCCACCACCAAGACCAUCCCCCAGCAAGAGGCAUUGAAACUAGAGCGAGAAUUCCUUGUCAAAGAAAAAGAAAGAGCUCUAUCAAAUGCCAGACAACAACUCGGAAAAAUAAAAACUGAAAAGAUUGGCCUCCCACCUCCAUCGUCGUCUCUCAGAUAUCGAGACACAAACGUGGACAAACAUCUUCUGGAUUCGGAGGAUGAAAGUGACGAUUCAGACAACUACUCUAUUGAAUUGUGAAACUUGUGAUAUGAUGAAAUAAUUUUGUUUUGAAUAUACUCCUGUGUGUCCUAAGAAUCAUGUUAAUUGAACUUCAUUGUAUUUAAUUCAUGGCAUCUUGUGCUGUCAUACUUUUUUUCUUAUUUGAUAUUUAUUCAAUUUCCUUUCAAAUUAUGUGAAUGCAAUAUCUUCAUGCUAUAUUAUUCUAUCAUUUCAUUGCUAUUGACAAUCAUUUCAUUAUUACAGUACUAGACUGCCAUGAUAUUUCUGCUACAAUUCUUUCUUCCUCUGAUAUUCCACCUUCACCUUCACCUAGCUUAUCUUCUUUAAUUGUCAACUUUUCUUCCAUUUCUGAUCACUUUCUCUAUAUAAUAAAAGAAUUUGGUGCAUGUUUCAUUAUAUUUAGGUAUAUGUAUUAGGUAAAUCUUAAAAUGUGAUAUAGAUAUAAUGUCCUAUUUAUAUUUUCUUAAACCUAGAAUAUAGUUUUGUAUUUUAUAAAGUGGCAUAAAAAUUCCCUUCAAAUACAUUCAUGAGAUUUGGUAA